AUGUUGCUUCGUCAGUUCACAAGAGCACCAAAUAAUAUGAAUUUAAUAAGAAGAAUUGCUACAAAUGCGAUCCUUAAAAAUCAAACAGUCACAACAAAUAUUGACUACAAUCAAUUGGUACUUGUUGAUGUAAAUGAUAAGAAUGGAUACGCAACAGUUACUCUUAAUAGACCACCAGUGAAUUCUUUCAAUCUUGAACUUAUGAUGGCCUUAUCUAGAGCUCUAGAUCAAGUUGAAAGAAACAAUUCAAGAGGAAUGAUUUUGACCAGUAUAAUUCCAAAUAUAUUCUCAACUGGCUUUGAUAUUCGUGAGCUUUACCAAGCAGAUGAGCGCAGAUUGAGAGAAUUUUGGUCAGUUCUUCAAGACUGUUGGUUUAAACUUUAUGGAUCAACAUAUCCAACUGCUGCUUCCAUUAACGGUCACAAUCCAGCUGCUGGCUGUUUUUUCGCAUUGUGUUGUGAAUAUAGAGCUAUGGUCCGUAACUCAAAACUAGGGAUAAGUGGUGCUCGACUUGGAAUUUCCAUUCCACUUCCAAUGAUUUAUACAAUGCGUAGUGUCAUUUCGACAAGACAAACUGAACUAGCUUUGACAACAGGCACACUAUUUACAUCUGAUGAUGCACUUAAAGUUGGUCUUAUUGAUGAUAUUGCAACUGACAGAUCAGAUGCUUUUGCUAAAUGUGAAGCAUUUUUAGAUCGUUUUAAGGACAUUCCACCAGUAUCACGAGGAUAUACAAAACGAUCAGUAAGACAAAAGGACAUGGAAGAAAUUGCUGCUAAUCGUCAACGUGACACGGAUGAGUUUGUCAGAGCUGUUUUAAAUCCAGAAGCACAAUCAUCAUUUGCAGCUUUUCUUGGGAAGUGA